AUGGAAGUGGAGGACUCCGCCUCUAGCGGGAAGGAAGCCCUUAACGUUCUACUCCGUAUGACUAUCGAUGCAAAGACUGCUAAACAACGACUGGAGAAGAGCGUUCGUACAGUAUCUGAAGAUUACAGCAUCAGGAUGCCUGAGAGAGAUUAUAAAGCUGAAGUUGCUGCUGCAUGUACACCGAAUCAAUUGGCUCGCCUCUGUUUAAGUCGCUGUUUGGGUGUACAGACAGAAGAGGAGAUGGAAACCCCUUAUCACAAGCAACUCAAAUCUGAAGUGUCUGCUUUGCGGCAAUAUGGAGACCAGCUGAAGAGAAGUGUUUUAGUGGAGGGUUUAGGAGAAGGGUCGCGAAAGGGUUUAGGGUUUGCAGAAGAAGGCGAAGAAGACAAACAAAAAACAGCAGCAGCGCCUCCUCACAUACUGACACCUCUGUUUGAUUGGAAGAAAAGCGACAAACAACAGCGAAAAGAUAGAAAUACACAAAAAGAAGCAAAACUUAGAGAAUCUGAGAUUAUACAGCAACUUCUUGCUGCGUAUGAAGGCACAAAAAAAGAAAAAACCGUUCAUAGCAUCAUCCAGUUCUUUGAAGGGAACGCCCAACCGUCUCGAGAAGUCAGGCGGCUGGAGUUUGAGAAUCGGAAGCUUUGCGCCUCUCAGCGUCUACACGACGCACAAACGAAAAGUUUGCAUGAAAGGAUUGGGGGUUUAGAAGCAGAAAAUUUAUAUUUAAAAGACAAAAACCAGCAGCAGCUUCACUGGCUACAGACGCAGAAAGAAGCCACUCAGCAAGAAUUGCAUGUAAAGGAAGUGGAGCUUUCGGCAUUGAAGGAGAAACUUAAAACAGCACAAGAAGAAAUCAAAACAGCAAAUCAAAAGCUCAGCAAAGCAGAAGAAAAGGCUAAGAAGAUGGAAGCUGCCCUAACGAGAAAAAAACCUGUAGAAACAGAGACAGGAAACGCCGCACUCACUGAAGCCCUUGUCCGCCUUGAAAAACUCGCCUGGACUUGUGAAUUCCUUGGGAACGAGAAAUUGGUGGCUCUUGAGUCAUACAAGCAAGCGAAAGCAAAAGAAGCCCUUGCACGUAGCGAGGUGGAGGUGUACAAGAAAUAUCUAGACGAGCUAACGGAGGAGAGAGACCAUUACUACCACACUGCAAUCCAACGGAUUUUGCUGAAAAAGGCAGCAGAUGAUUUCAAAACCCUUUCCGGGGCCUUAAAAGAAAACAACGAAGAGGCGCAGCAAUUGAAGAAGCUCGUGCAUCUCGUCGUCGACCGUAUGAAGAAUCAUGUGGAGGCAACCAAAGCUCUCCCCGUUGUUGAGGAGCCUCAAGAGACAGUCACUGAAGAGCAGCUCCAGCAAGCUCUGGCAAGACUGCCGAGCGAGAAAACCAUUCGAGAGCAAUUUGAAAAGGCAGCGGGGUUUGCACCAAGUUACGAAGACAUCGAGCAGUUUUCUGCUGCUGUUGCUGCUGCUGCUGCUGCUUCUCCUGCUCCUGCUGCUGCUGCUGGUGCUGCUGCUGGUGCUGUGAAAAUUUCGGAUUUUAUUGCGUUUUGUUUGUCUGUACGACACAUUGAAGAUACAGCUGAGGGCUUAGCUGAGGGGUUCUCCUUGUGGGAUUUAGAAAGUAAAGGUUUAAUAUCUGCAGAUACACUCAAAUAUAUUUUGAAAAACUUUGGAGAGCCUUUAACUGAUGAAGAGGCAGAUAUUGCAUUUAAAACCCUUAUAAAGGGGCAAAACCCUGUUGAUUAUCAACAAUUAUGCAACAGGCAAGCCUAA